AUGGAGGCGGAUCUGGUUCAGGGGGCGGCGGCAACCGGAUCUGGUUCAGGGGGCGGCGGCGACCAGUCUAGGAGCGGAUCUGCUUCAGGAGGCGGCGGCGAUGUGAUGGCGGCGGUUUCGUCAUUUUGUGGAGGUAUACCAAAAGCAAAAGCCAAGAAUGCUGCUGCUGCUCAAGAUGACAAGAAUCGCCGACCCCUCGGAGACAUAGGCAAUGUUGUCGGCGCUCGGCCUGCCAUCGUCGAAGGGAAGCCAUUGCAUCAAAUUUCGCGUCCAAUUACCAGCUUUCGUGCUCAACUCCUAGCGAAUGCUCAAGCUGAUGCUGUCCAGAACAAGAAGCCAGUGGUUCUUGCUGUUGAUGGAGAUAUAAGAAAAGCCCAUAUCAAAGAAGUUAAGCAAAAGGCAGUUGCAAUCAAGCCCAAGCCUGAGAUUGUAAUUGAGAUCAGUCCCGAUACCCAUGAGAAUUUGAAGGAAAGACCUGAUGCAAGUAGGAAGAAUGGGAGGAAGAAGAUCAACACGAUGAGCUCGGUGCUUAGUGCUCGUAGUAAGGCUGCUUGCGGUGUUUCUGAAAAACUCAAAGAUUCUAUCCCAGACAUUGAUGCAUCAGAUAUCGGUGAUCAACUCGCUGUUGUUGACUAUGUUGAGGAUCUUUACAAGUUUUAUAAGCUUUCUGAGCAAUCUAGCAGGCCUCAUGACUAUAUAGACUCUCAGACAGAGAUUAAUGAGAAAAUGAGGGCCAUUCUUGGAGACUGGCUGAUUGAAGUGCAUCACAAAUUUGAGCUGAUGCCAGAGACUCUCUACCUUACUUUCUAUAUAAUUGAUCGAUAUUUGUCAAUGGAAAAAGUUCUGAGGAGAGAAUUGCAGCUUGUUGGUGUGAGUUCCAUGCUCAUUGCCUCCAAGUAUGAGGAAAUUUGGGCUCCACAGGUAGAGGAUUUCAUAUGCAUAUCAGACCGAGCUUACAGCCAAGAACAGAUCCUGGCCAUGGAAAAAUCAAUUCUCAACAGGCUUGAAUGGAGCCUUACUGUUCCUACUCCGUAUGUGUUCCUUGUUCGCUUCAUAAAAGCUGCGAUGUGCGAUAAAGAGAUGGAGCAUAUGGUCUACUUCUUUGCUGAGUUGGGUCUGAUACAGUACUCUAUGAUCAUGUAUUCUCCUUCAACGGUUGCGGCUUCAGCAGUCUAUGCAGCUCGAUGCACAUUAAAGAAGAGUCCUCUUUGGACUGAAUCCCUCAAGCACUAUACUGGCUUCUCUGAGCCCCAAUUGCUGGAUUGCGCUCAAAUUUUGCUUAAGUCUCACUCAACUGCACCUGAGAGUAAAUUGAGAGCAGUGCACAAGAAAUACUCAAGCAUUGAAUUUGGAAAUGUGGCAUUGAAUCAACCAGCACUGAAGAUGUUAGAGAAGUUGAAGGCUUCUUCAGCUUCAUUUUGAAUGGUUACUGUCUUUUUAUGGAGGAAGGG